AUGACCGCCGACGCCGAGAAGAAGGUCAUCACGAUCAACGUCAAGCUGCUUCCGAAGUAUCACAGCGACCACGCGCAGCUGACGCGGUACCAGCUCGGGCACCGCAAGGACUACGUCGGGAAGCUCACGCGCGUGAAGUGCUCGCCGAGCGACACGAUCAAGGAACUGAAGGCGCAGAUCGAGAAAGAACGCGGCUCGCCCGUUCAAUACGUCAAGAGAGGCGGCACCCCCACGGGCGUCAUCCUCUCCGACGACGCGACGCUCGAGUCUCUCGGGUUAGACUACGACAUGUCCGUGUACGAGCACCUGUGGGAAGACAGCGACGAGAACCAAGAGAAAUUCGUCGUCGACCGCGAGAAGGUUCGAGAGAUGGUCGGCAUGUUCAUGAUGGAGCACCCGGACAUCGGUCGGCACGGCCCGGAGGUCACCGGCGAGGCCGAGGACCCGAAAGACUGGACCGCGAAGAAUCUCAAGAAGCGCGAAAACAUGGAGAAAGAAGUCCAGAAAGAGCGCGAGCGGAAGCAAAAGCGACGCGAAGAAGAAGCCGCGAAAGCGACCGCGGCCGCAAAGGCGGCGAAGGAAGGCAAGCCGGUCGCGGCGUGA